AUGGAUCAUGUGAAGUUGAGGGCAGUUCUCUUCCUCGUGUUCUUGGCAUGCCUCCAGUCCUCAUCCUGGUGUGAAAGUGAUUACUCAGAUCAGAGAUUGACUGGUGGCGAGAUCACCCGGAGAAGCAGAUUUACCGUGGUUCUCUGCUUAAAAAAACUUUGUGAUCACUUGAAGCUUUGCUACUGCUGCCAAACACUGCCCGAUAAGCCAUGCUACUUGGAGCAGAAAGGAUGCGUGGACAUCUGCCCCUCCGCCAGUGCACAAUCGCCUCAGCCCCUGCUCGCUCCAGCUCCACACAUAGGCCCGCUGAUGGUUCGCUAG